ACAAUCUUAGUCCAUCCCACAACGAGUUGAAAGGUCGAUUGAGUUGACUUUAAGAUGGCAGCGGAACCGACUAGGGAAUGGAACGAUGAGCAGAUCAAAAGUGAUGAUCUCCCCAAAAAAGACAUUAUUAAAUUCUUACAGGACAAUGCCGCAAAUUCGUUUCUUUCAGAACACAAACUAAUGGGCAAUAUUAAGAAUGUUGCCAAAACCGCGAAAAAGGAGCAGUUGAUCACAGCAUACAAUCAGCUUUUCGAGUGCAAGAGGUUCAAAGGCACUGAUCCUGUUGAGGAUCUCACAGAACGGGUCAAAGAUGUGAAGGUUGAAGAAAAACCUAAAGAAGCCAAAGUGGUUCCAGUUGAUGAGGGUCCUCCAAAAUACACCAAAUCGGUGCUAAAGAAGGGAGACAAGGCCAACUUCCCAAAGAAGGGUGACACGGUGAGCUGUUGGUACACAGGGACACUGGAAGAUGGCACAGUCUUCGACACCAACAUCCCCCUAACUGCCAGGAAGAAGAAGCAGACCAAACCACUGACCUUCAAAGUUGGGCUGGGGAGAGUUAUCAGAGGGUGGGAUGAAGGCCUCCUGACAAUGAGCAAGGGAGAGACUGCAAGGCUGGAGAUUGACCCAGAGUGGGCAUAUGGUAGGAAGGGCCAGCCAGACUCCAAAAUUCCACCGAACGCAAAGCUCAUUUUUGAGGUUGAACUGGUGAACAUUGAGUGAUACGCAUGCAGCCCUGGAACAGAAGCAAGCCAUCUCCAUGAAACUGUUUCUUUAAUACAGAAACUCUACAUGCUUAGCACUUUGACCUCAACGUUUGAAUUUCAGAAUUGAGAUGAAAGGAAGUUACUUUUCUCUGCUUAUAUUUUCCAAAUAAAUUGCAUGUUUGUUGUAAAGCUUAAUAAAUAUGUUUUGGAGACCA